GAUUUUGGCCACUCCCCAAAACGGAUCCUCAAACCAUGACCCCUUUUGAAUAUGAGAGAGGAUUAUCUGAACAUGCGGCAUAGAGGGGCACAAAAUGAAGCAAGAGAAAACAGUAUCUACAUAACGAGAGGGCAUUAGUCUCUUACUGGGCCAACCAGAAACCAAACCAUCAGCCUAGAGAAAUAUUUUUCCUAUAUGUGAAAAGGUUGGCACGCUGAUAAGGUGCCCAACAUCCCCUCUCCUCUCACUUUGGAAAGGCACCCUUGCCCUCCUAUAUACCACUAGCUUAUCGAAAACUGACAGUAUGCCCAACCCUCUCGCUUUCUUUUUUUGGUUAAAAUCCUCUCCCUUUCCCUAUGUACAUAAAAGGUGUGCUUGAUCGGUUUGAUCCAGUUUUGGUCUAUUAUUGGGCCAAUCGAAAUCAAACCAUUAAAGAAGUUUUCAAUUUUGAUUCAGUUUGAUAUAUUUUCUUGUCAUUUUUUUAUUGGUUUCUUAUCUUGUAACUGUAGAUCCGCUCUCAGUUUUUAAUCCGGUCGAUCUGGUUUCAAUUGGUGUAUUCAAUCGGUUUUUCUACCGGUUCCAUUAGACCUCAGGUCCCCAACACUAUACCAAACCAAUAAGAAUUCGGUUUGGUAUGAACAGGAUUUGAUCGGUCUGACCGGUUUGGGCUGAACUUUGACACCCAUACCAGAUCAUUUGAUCUGCAUAUGCCAAGAAUCCAGAUAUUAUUAAUUAUUAGGGUUUUGCAGGAAACCCUUCCUGUGGGGCAGUACAGGAAGCAAAAUUUUCUUUUUAUGGGAGAACAUGAAUCUGAUUGUUUCUUUCUUUAUUGGGUUUAAUCAUAUCAAAAUAUAAAAUAUUUUUAACGAAAAAGUGUACCUUUUUCAAUUCUGUAAUCCAAAAUUGCCACAUGGUGUUUCAUUGUGGGAAGUUCCAAUGACACAUGGUGAGUAAGAUUUGCUUGAUAAUAUAUAAAAUUGAGAGGAGGAGGAACGAUACUACUAAGAGCUCAUCUUUCCUUUCCACCUUCCCAUCUCCACUUCCCUCUUUCCCUUCUGUUUGGUUUCAGAAUUCUGCUUUCCCAUCUUGUUGUUCAUACCUAAAACCACUUUCUGUUAUCCUUUCUCCAUAGGGUCAGGUCCUGUAAGGAUGAGAGCUUGAGCUUGUGGGUUCCUUCUUCAUUUGAGCAAGGGAUGAAAAAUCAAAAAUCUUCAGGGGAGAUUUUUGAAGUUCAAGGAGCAUGAAUUGCUUUUGAUAUGAAAAAACAUAUAAGGAUAUGUCAUCACAUUUAUUAGGGCAAAAAACAAGCAGAAAAAUGAAGUUCAUGAAGAUUGGGAACAAGCCAGAUACCUUCUACACAGAAGAGGCUAAAAGGUCUGUAGCUUCAGAUGUACCCAGUGACCUCCUCAUACAAAUCAACAACACUACUUAUCAUCUUCACAAGUUUCCACUUCUUCCAAAGUGUGGGCUCUUACAACGACUUUGUUCUAAUGCUGGCAAUCCUAGCAAAGUUCCACUAGAGCUUCAUGAUGUUCCUGGAGAAGAAGAGGCUUUUGAGCUUUGUGCUAAAUUUUGCUAUGGAAUUACGAUUAACCUCAGUGCUCUUAACUUUGUGCCUGCAUUCAGUGCUGCAAAAUUCCUUGGGAUGACUGAAUCAGUUGAUAAAGGAAAUUUUGUCCUGAAACUUGAAAUCUUCUUCAAGUCGUGCAUCCUUGAAGGUUGGAAGGACUCUAUUGUCACUCUACAGACCACAGAAAAUCUGUUGGAGUGGGCUCAAAAUCUUGGACUCAUCAGACAGUGCAUAGACUCAAUUGUUGAGAAAAUUCUUACUCACCCAUCAGAGGUUACAUGGUCCUACACUUACACAAGACCAGGAUACAAGGGAAAACACCACCGCUCUGUCCCAAAGGACUGGUGGACAGAGGACAUAUCCAACCUUGACAUUGACCUUUUUCGAACCAUAAUUGCUGCCACCAGAUCAACAAAGAUAGUCUCACCACAGCUUAUUGGUGAAGCUUUGCAUGUCUAUGCAUGUCGAUGGCUACCAGAGACAUCACAGAGCAGUCACCCAGAGACUUCAGCAUCUCAAACUGAAUCGGCAGUGGAGAAGCAUAGGCGGGUACUCGAGGCUAUUGUGAGCAUGAUUCCAAUUGAAUUAGGUUCAGUAUCAAUUGGGUUCUUGUUGAGACUUCUUAGCAGGGGAAAGAUUCUAGGGGUGUCUCCUUCAACGAAGGCUGAGCUUGUAAGGAGAUCUGGCCGGCAGUUGAUGGAAGCAAUGGUUAAGGACCUGCUCUUUCCUUCACACUCAUCUUCUGAUCGGCAUUCCUAUGAUAUUGACUUGGUAUUGGCAGUAUUAGAAAGUUUUUUAGCGCAAUGGCGAAGAAAAACCUCUUCAGAAGAUGGUGAGUCUCUAAAGGAGAUUAGGAAGGUGGCACAACUUAUCGAUUCUUACCUCCAGUUCAUCUCAAGAAAAGAUGUCAGCGUGCCAGCAUUGAAGAUGAUCACUCUUGCAGAAUCCUUACCGGAAAUCGCCCGGCCAAAGCACGAUGAGUUGUACAAGGCAAUUAACAUUUAUCUCAAGGAGCACCCGGAUCUGAGCAAGGCGGAGAAAAAGCGUCUUUGCCGGAUUCUAGACUGCCGGAAACUGUCACCGGAAGUAUGUGCACAUGCAAUAAGGAAUGAGCGGCUGCCGCUGAGAACUGUAGUGCAAGUCCUGUUCUAUGAACAAGAAAGAGGAGGCAGACCAACUCCUCAUAAACAACCACGAGCAGAGAAGGCCCGUGGAGGAGAGCAUCCACAAUUGGUUGCUCAAGGUGUCGAUCAUGGCAAGUCAAAAUUGGGGCUGAAGGAACAGUUUGGUGGGGCUGAGAGUGUUGCAAGUGCCACAAAUCCAAGAAUUGUAGAAAGUGUUCGUCGAAGAAGGAUGAAAUCAGAUGGAAGGCAGCAGUUGGAUUCAGAAAGGAAGGUGGAGAUAGGGAAGCCAAGGAAUGCCACAAGUCCAAGCAUUGUGGAAACAGUUCAUCGUACAAUGAAAUCAGAUGGAAGGAAACAGUUUGAUUCAGAAAUUAAAGUGGAGAUGGGGAAGUUUAGGGAGACUAGAGAGGAAGGGAU